GAAGGGUGAACCAAAAUAAGCCGUUCUGACCCGGAAUCGCGGGGCACGUGGCAGCAGCGCUUGCUCUUUUCCAUUUAUCCAGCUUUCAUCUUUGAAAGUCAAAAGAAAAUCUACGCGAAACAUCAAACAGAGGACUUGUUUCCAAGAUGGCCAACCCUCGGCAACGGCGAAAAGCUCGCUCUUCUUCGCACCGAGCGAUUUCUCACUCGAAACAUGCCAAACGGAAUCUCAAGAAGAUGCCCCCUAUACGUGCUCCAAAAGUUCUCCAGCAAGCCUGGGAUAACAAGAAAACUGUUCGCCAGAACUAUGCUGCUCUUGGGCUCGUUCACGAUUUAAACCCUUCUGAAUCAGGUGGUGCCGAGAUUAUCAAAUUGGACAAACGCACUACUUCUGGCAGCGCUCCCGAAUCCUCUAUUGACUUGACGGACCUAUCGACAUCUGCGAACCCCCCUUCUUCAGCGGAUCCGGGGCUGCCAUUAUCUCAUGCAUCCGCAGGUGCUACCAACAGUGCAGCUACGAAGUCCUUUAUACCGAAGGGCCACGGAAGGAUUAUUCGGGACGAUGCAGGAAACGUCAUGCGCGUUGAGCUCCCCGACGAGGAAUUUGAGGUAGAAGAUCUUCCUGGAGACAGAGACAUAGACAUGGAACAGUUAGAGCCCCGGUUGGACGAAAACAUACGCCAGACAUGGAUUUCUGACUUAGGCGGUCUAAAAACACGCUUGUCAACCAACAGGAAUACGACUGUCGUGAAAGAACUGGAAACUCUAUCGACUCUAGCGUCAAUAACUGAGUUGAAAGGGUGUACGACGCUUUCUGCGUCCCUCACGGGUGUAGGUGUUCGACAUACCUCCGAGCGGGAGCUUGCAUAUCUCCAACGUUUAAUGGAGAGGCACAAAGGCGACGUGGAGGCGAUGGCGAGAGACAGAAAACUCAAUACUGCGCAGCGGACCGCUGGAGAGUUAAGGCGGGCUCUCAAGAGAGCAGGGAUCGUAGUGGCACCGUAGCGAUCUUCCCCAUGAACACUACAAUAUCCAUAUCCGCAUCGUACUAUCAAGUACUGUUUGUAUUAUUCUUGCUAAUAAAUCGAUCUUGUGAUCGACCGACCACUCCUCCCCUCUGGAAGAAAAAUGCACAGUAAAGCUAAUCAUCGGUGCGGGGUGUGGAGGGUGCUUCCGGUUGAAUGUAACAAAUAUGCUUUCUGGAUUUUGCUACUACGGCAUUUCUCAGUUUGGGGGUGCUGUCAGGUCAGAGAGUCAGAAAUUCAGAAAGUCGGUGUACAUAACCUCGUCCUUCAUUAUGUACACCUCGUUCUACAGCACCGGAGCGGGUUUAGUUACUCUGAUUUGCAUGACAGUGGUCCAGGGGAUGUAGCGCGUC